UAUUAUGACAAAAUACAGACAAAGUACAGACACAAGUGCACCAACACAAAGCUCAAAUUCAUCAACCUUACAGGUUCUAAGGUGAUUAAACUUAACCUUGUGAUGACUCCACAUCUGGAAGAGUUAAAUCUUCAAGGAUGUAAUGACUUUGUAGAACUCCAUAUGCCCGUUGAAUGUCCAAAGCUCAAAUUUCUCAACCUCAAAGGUUCUAAGGUGAGUAAACUUAACCUUUGGAUGGCUCCACAUCUCGAGAAGUUAAAUCUUGAACAAUGUAGUGAAUUUGUAGAACUCCACUCGCCUGUUGAAUGUCUAAACAUCAAAUCCCUCGAUCUUAGUGGUUCUAAGGUGCGUAACUUUAACCUCGGGAUUACUCCAAAUCUUGAAAGCUUAAAUCUCAAAGGAUGUUAUGACUUUGUAGAACUCCACAUGCCCGUUGAAUGUACAAAGCUCCAAUUCCUCUGCCUUGGUGGUUCUAUUGUGAGUAACCUCAAUCUCGAGAUGACUCCACAUCUCAAGGAGUUAGAUCUUGAAGGAUGUUAUUACCUUCAAGAAAUUCACGCUCCCGUGGGUUGUCUAAAAAAUCUUGCCGACUUUAACUUCAACGGUUGCUCAAGGUUUAAUCAUUUUGUUGUUGACAAGUGGAAUAAAGUACAUAAUCCUUAUGGUGAAGGUACUCUAUACCUAACUGCGAAGUCCCUAGAUAUAUGCCCACUGCAUCCAGACAGUAAUUUGCCAAAGUUUAAGUUUAAUUGUAUAUAUGGGGGACCUCUACCCUCAUCGAGUGGAAAUAUUGAGAAGCUUAUAUCUUUUGGUCUAUGUGCUUGCACAAACCUUGAGUUGUUUUCAACAAGCAUUUGUGGUUUACAACAUUUAUUUAAGCUCAUUCUUAUAGGCAGUAUUCCAGAGUUGCCCAAUGAUCUGCACCAGUUACAAAGUCUAGAGAAGCUACGUUUGUCGAUGGAAAAGAUUAAGUGUCUUCCGGAUAGCAUUUGUAUGUUGAAACGUUUGAUGUCACUUGACUUAAGUGGUUGUAGAUCCUUACAAGAUAUCCCAAACAGUAUCUGUAAGAUGGAAAGUUUAAGAGAUUUAUAUCUCCAAUUUUGUAUACAAGUUGAAAAAUUGCCCAAGGAAUUUGGAGAUAUGAAACGCUUGAAUAAAUUAAACAUAGUAGGUGCGGGUAUAAGACAUCUUCCGUACAGCAUUUUUCAAUUGAAAGGUCUGCGUAUUACUGGGUCUAGGGGGCAGCUUGAGUCCUAUGGUUUUACUAAUAUAAUCUCAAUGUUUGGAGUCUGCUAUGUAAAGCUGUGAAUAAGAGGGACAUUUUGUUAGUAAGUUGGGAUUCAAGAAGAAGAAUUCAAAGUGUCUUUUAAUAUUUAUGUUUCUGAUUCAUAGAAUGUAACAAGGACAUUCGCUUUUUGCUUAACAUGUUGUAAACCGAUUACCAAACAAAAUAUGAUUACUUGUCGUUAACUGACUGACUGAGCCAAUCGGUUGAACAACCCGCAGCGCAUAACCUACAACUUUUGAUCGAGGUUCUGUUGGAGGAUAAAAUCAGCACUACACACUUGGGCACUAAGAUGCAAGCCUUCGUUACGGCAGACAUGUACAGAGUAUGAAGCUUUGUUGAAGGAAAGCCAAUGUUUGACAAUUCGUAGUCCAUCAUUGGGUGAGAAUCGUCCGAAGGUGAAGUAUGUUGAAAAUGUAUUGAAAAUCAAUCUGAACGGCACACACAAUUGUCACUGCCUGCAAUGAAUCCGUUGGAUCUGAAUGGGGCUUCUCUUUUGCCCCUUUUGAGUCUAUACAGCAGGACCCUAAAGACGACGGAAAGGCUUUCAAAAGUCCUAUCGACAUGCCCAAAUUUUUGUGACCCUGUGAGAUGGUUAUGCUGAUCAAAUAUUAGAGUUUCAGAGGAUCAAUCAUGAAGAAAAAAAUGUGGUCGUUGCAGUUCAGUUUAGAAAAUACGUACAGGUUUUAGGGAGGAUACCUGUAUGUUUCUAAUUUAUAAAAUGUUACACGUGUAUUCAUCAACAGUGACAUCCAAGAGAUUAUAAAUUUUAAGAAAAGUUUCAUUGCACGGGUAGCUGCUGAAAGAUCCUCUAGCUUAUCUGGGCUGAGUUCGUCUGUUAUAAAGUCUCCUUCGGAAGAUAUCUGACGGACUUUGCAUUCAGUACUAUUGGUGGUUUAAAUGGAAUAUCCAAGGUUUCGACGAGGUUGUAGUUUUGGAUGAUAAACAAGAUGGAAGUGAGGGGUUCGAUGAGGUUGUAGUUUUGGAGUGUAAUACUGAUGCAUGUAAUACGAAAGCUGUUUCUUCAUAUCCAAGGUUUUGAUAACAUAUAACAUAAUUUACUUACCUCAUUUUUCAUUUUGUUAUUAAAACGUACUUUAUCUUUUCCAAGAUCAGGGUUCCUAUCCAUGUUCAGGAGUGUACGGUUAUUGUCACACUUGCCCUAUUUGAGCGUGAGGUCGUUAAGUUGCUUAAGGUGUCCGCCAAUCAGUUGCUCGACAAGAACAUUGAGUUGGCAAACGAAGGUAGCUUUCCAGAUGAACUCAAAGCUUUACUGAACCAGAAGUUUGCUUUCAAAAUUGCUAUUGGUUCAUUUAACAUUAAAAACAAAUCUGAUGGGUAUUCUGUGUCCAAGUUAACCGAGAAUCCGUUAGUUAUAUCCGUCUUAGACAAGAAGUUUGAUGAUAUCCAGCCUGUUGAUGUUGAUGGUCAUGUCGGUUACCCAUGGCAUUAUAGCCUAGUGGUAUCUUGGGGGUGGGAUAAGGCUUAUGACCAUUAGGUCAUGAGUUCGA